AUGCUAUCAUCGAUAGCUAUAAGGACAUUACUCGAGGCGAAGUCGUCUACAGACAUACAGACGGUGCUAGCCACCGUGCCCUUGACGACAGACUCCGCCUCGAGCACAGUGUUCGGCACAUACGAGUUACUCGAACAUGUCCUCCUAGCACUUCCAUUCCACGACCUCUACGUCUGCCAACAAGUCGCUCGAUCAUGGCGAGACGUAAUCCACAGAUCGAACAACAUCCAACAAGCAAUGUUCCUCCUAGCCGAUGGUCCACCACUGAAGCCAGUAGACGAUACGUACAACGUCUUCGGAGGUCGAACACGAGCGCUCUAUCGUCCAGCGCCUGUGCGUCUUAACCCUGCUGCCGAAGUAGUCGGUCUCUACAACCAACCCUCGGGUCGAGGUCAUCGCCUCCCACUCGCGACAUUUGGCAUCUCAGACCAGAAUGUCUUUCUCAACUUCGACGUUAAGGGUAUUCCAAUCUAUGAGACUAAGAUUUUGGCUGCAGAUGCUUCGUGGAGGAAGAUGCUGGUCACGCAGCCGCCGAUUGUCGCGGUCAACUUUGACUUCAUUCGGAGGGAGCCGCAUGGUGGAUCGCUAGACGCGUAUAAUCCUACGGGCGUGACUUUUGGGGAUCUGCAUGAUUGGAGUGUGAAGUUGGCAGAGGAGUACUGGCUUGAGACGGGUCAUGAUCCGGAGUUGAGUUUUGAGAGUAUAAGUUUUUGUCUGUUUCAUCCUUUCACUGAAGAUGGGCCGGAGGAGGCGUGGUAG